GAAAGAAACGGCAGAGAGAUUAGACCGGAGACGAGAGAGUAAGCAGGAGAGACUCUCUGAACCAUGUCUUGCUCUUGCUCUUACUCUCUCUCUCACCUCUCAUCUCCUUUCCUCAAACCCAUCACUUCCGCUUUUACUUUCCCUUCUUCCCCGUUACGCUCUCCAUUUCGUUCCCUCUCAGUAAAAUCUUCCAUAGACAAGAACUCCACUUCAAAUUCUAAGCUUUCCACCAAACCCAGUUCCUGGGUCAGUCCGGACUGGCUCACUUCUCUCGCUCGCUCCUUGACCAUUUCCAAAGACGAUGACUCCGGCAUCCCCAUUGCCAGUGCUAAGCUCGACGACGUCUCCGAUCUUCUGGGUGGUGCCCUUUUCCUGCCACUCUUCAAAUGGAUGAAUGACUAUGGACCCGUUUACAGGCUCGCCGCUGGGCCUAGGAAUUUUGUGGUGGUCAGUGACCCUGCCAUAGCUAAGCACGUACUUAGGAAUUAUGGCAAGUAUGCUAAGGGUCUUGUUGCCGAGGUCUCCGAGUUCCUUUUUGGUUCGGGUUUUGCGAUUGCCGAAGGUUCACUUUGGACGGCAAGGCGCAGGGCUGUGGUACCAUCUCUUCAUAAGAAAUACUUAUCUGUGAUAGUUGAUCGAGUGUUUUGCAAGUGUGCCGAAAGGAUGGUAGAGAAGCUACAGCCUAAGGCACUGGAUGGCACUGCAGUAAACAUGGAGGCAACAUUUUCUCAAUUAACUCUAGACGUUAUUGGCCUGUCUGUAUUCAACUACAAUUUUGAUUCUCUUAAUGCUGAUAGCCCUGUUAUUGAUGCUGUUUACACUGCAUUGAAAGAGGCAGAGGCCCGUUCGACGGAUAUAUUACCAUAUUGGAAAGUUAAAGCUUUGUGUAAAAUAAUCCCAAGGCAAAUAAAAGCAGAAAAAGCUGUUACGGUGAUACGAAGAACGGUUGAAGAACUUAUUGCUAAGUGCAAAGAGAUAGUGGAAGCUGAGGGUGAAAGGAUCGAUGAGGAGGAGUACAUAAAUGACACUGAUCCAAGCAUCCUUCGGUUCUUGCUGGCUAGUAGAGAAGAGGUUUCAAGUGUUCAAUUACGAGAUGACCUUUUGUCUAUGUUAGUUGCUGGGCAUGAAACGACAGGUUCAGUGCUGACUUGGACAGUUUAUCUUCUAAGUAAGGAUUCUAACUCAAAAAUGAAAGCACAAGAAGAAGUUGACAGAGUUUUACAGGGACGGCCUCCUUCAUAUGAGGAUGUAAAGGAUCUAAAGUUCUUGACACGAUGCAUAACUGAGUCACUGCGUCUCUACCCACAUCCUCCUGUCUUGAUAAGAAGAGCUCAAGCUGCUGACACACUUCCUGGAGAUUACAAAAUUAAUGCUGGUCAAGAUAUUAUGAUAUCAGUUUAUAAUAUUCAUCAUUCUUCCAAGGUGUGGGAAAGAGCAGAAGAGUUUGUACCAGAAAGAUUUGACUUAGAAGGUCCCAUACCUAAUGAAACAAACACAGAUUUCAGGUUCAUCCCAUUCAGUGGAGGACCACGCAAAUGCGUUGGCGAUCAGUUUGCUUUGUUGGAAUCUAUUGUUGCUCUUGCCAUCUUUCUCCAGCACUUUAACUUCGAGCUGGUUCCUGAUCAGAAUAUCAGCAUGACCACUGGAGCAACGAUACAUACAACAAACGGCCUGUACAUGAAACUGAGCUCGAGGCAAACAAAAUCUUUGUCUGCUUAGCCUUCGUCAUCUAGGUAAACUGUAUUAAAGGAAAAUAGAAAAAAAAAUGUUUUGAUCUGUUAGAAGGUGCUUUUACCAUAUGAACAAAAAUCGACCAUGAUGUUAUUGCAAUGCAUUGGCAUCUUGAGUGCGGUACAGGCCAUUCUUUAUCCUUUUAUUUAUUUUUAUUUUUAAUUUUUUAAGAGCCGAUUUCGAUUGCUUUCUGGAUUUAUACGCGUAUAUGAAAAAAAAAAAAAAAUGAUGCUGUAUCUGUAUCUGAUAUGGAAAAAAGCAUACUUUAUUAAAGUAAUUUGUAAUAUUUGAAAAUGUAUUUCAUAUUAAAUUGCUCAGUUCCAAAUUUAUUGGAUAAUAAAUUGUUGAGGAAAAAAAUGAGAUAAAUAAUGCAAAAUUUACUUAA